AUGUGGACAACAAGCAAGAAGUGCAAAGUAUCAAGACCUCGAUGGUAUUGGAAAUCGAAUUCCAAUUUGUCUCUUAUCAAGGAAAAACAACAAUGGAGAAAAUAUCCCGACAUCGAAUCUGAAAUUAUCGAAGAAGCAUAUAGAGAAAAUAAUAGAACAAAUCUCGUUGAAUUAGAUGAUUAUUGGAUUGAUCUAACUCAUUUUAUUCAAAUCAAUAAACUCGAUUCCGAGAAAGUAAUCAUCGUCCAACGUACAUUAAACAACGAAGAAGAACAGACUUUACGAGAAGAACGUUUUUUUCCUCCAUUACGGUUAGGUGAACCAUUCAAUGAAUGGACCAAUGGAGGUUAUUGGUUCAUCAAUGAAUGGCAAAAAAGACAACCGGAAGAUAUCUCACAUAGGGAACGACUCGAACAAGCAGCAAAUGGAAUUCUUAUUGAAGGUCAACUUUUAUCGAAAACUAUCGCAGCAGAACGAUUCGCACAACGUCUCAGAGACAUGUUCUAUCAAGAUGAAAUAGUCAUUCAUAGAUGUUGUAUUAAUAUGUACACGUACGAUUGUUUUAUUUACCCGUUAGUAAACAGAACGCUGAGACAAAAUGAUAAAACUAAAAUCGAUACUCUUGGUCCCUUUUGCUACUAUCUAUACUAUUCAUGGUAUAACCUUUUUGAAUUACGCGUUUCAAAUAUCGAAGUUUAUCGUGGUACUAAUCUUGAUGCGCAAAUGAUUGAACAGUAUCAAAAGAAUAUUGGAAAAGAGAAAUGUUGGUUUGGAUUUACUUCAACCAGCAAAAAUAAAGGUAUCGCGGAUGUUUUUAGCGGCAAUACUUUAUUUAUUAAUAAAAUGGCGUUUUCCAGUGCAAUUGAUAUUUCUGACUAUUCUCAAAUUCCCGAUGAAGAAGAAGUACUUUUUCCCGCUGGUACGAAAUUUAUCAUCGAAAAAGUCGAAUGUGAUACUAUCAAUCGAAUCUAUAUCAAACUUUUGGCUAAAAAUGAUAGUUUACAACAGAAAUUAAAUGAGAUUAGUUCGACAACAAUAACAAAAUUCUGUUCUGGUUUCCAAGAACUUGAUGUUAUCGAUGCAGAAACCUUAGCAGUAAUGCUUAAGGUUAAUCAAACUAUUACUGUUCUUAACAUCCAGCAUGCUGAUUUAUCGGACGAUGCUGGCGACAUCAUUAUCAGUGCAUUAAUAGUGAAUCGAACACUUACUUCUCUCGAUCUUCAGUCUAACAGAUUAGGUGAACUAGCAGGUGAAGCAAUUGGUGAUUUACUGGAAGUCAAUGAAACAUUAAUCUCUCUGGAUCUUCAAUUUAAUCAAAUACCAGUCGAAGCAAGUGAAACAAUCGCCAAUGCAUUAAUCGUUAAUCAGACUCUUAUUACACUUUGUCUGGGACAUAAUCAGCUAUCAGACGAAGGCGGGGCGAUGAUCGUCAAAUCUUUAGAAAAGAAUAUGACGUUAACUACGCUUGAUCUUGGAUGGAAUAAUCUGUCGGAAGCGAGUGGAGAAGUAGUCGCUAAGCUAUUAAAAGUUAAUCGAACUCUGACUGUACUGACUCUCUCAGGUAAUGAUUUAACAUCUACAGCAAUGGAAGCCAUUAUUGAUGCAUUGAAGAUAAAUAAUACAUUAACUUCGCUAGAUCUCGAAUACUCGAACUUCUCCGGACCAUUAAUGUCAGCAAUGACUAAUCUAUUGAAAACGAACGAAACAUUGUGUAAACUGAACCUAGGAGGAAAUCGACUGUCUGACAAUGAUGGCGAAUUGAUUGCUGAUGCUCUAAAGAUUAAUCGAACUCUUACUCUUCUCGAUCUUCACAGUAAUGAAUUCACUGAUUGCAUAGCUCGAACAAUCGCUAAUGUCUUCGAAUUUAACUAUACUCUUGAUACUGUACAUCUCGAAAAUAAUCAGUUUUCCGAACAGGGACGAGCAAUUAUUAUCAACGCUAUAGAUACACAAUCUCGCACAAUUUGGAAUAGACGAGGCACAGAAGCAUCUGGUGCUGCAUUACUCGUAAGAAAAGGUCCUGUGCGUUACGGUUUACAUUCUGAUCAAAUUAACAGUACGAUAGAACAGAUCGCAAAGACUGACACGUCAAAGAUCGAUUUUGUACUUCGUUCCUUUGGUGAGAGACAUCACGAAUUAUCUGAUGAAAUAGGUCAACGAGUUGCCGAUGUAGUGAGAAAUGAUCAGCUGUAUAUUUCGGAACUUUCUAAUAGUGUAAACGAUCAGUUAGACAUAGAUGAUUAUUGGAAUCAUUCUGAAGGAGACAAUCCAUCAUUGGAAAUUAAUCGACUACUUACCUCACUCAAUCUUCAGCACAACGAAUUAUCAGCUCGUGCAGCUGAAGCACUCGGGAGAAUGCUGCAAGAUAAUCAGACUUUGGUCACUCUUCAUCUUGGCCCGAAUAAACUUUCCACUGAAGCAGAAGAAACUGUCGCCGACGCAUUAUCUACUAAUCAAACACUUAAGUGUUUGUAA